ACAUGACGAAAGCAUUGCUGAUUAAAAGUACUAUCUUAUAAGAUAAGACAUUUCUAGGUUAUGCACAUCAGUUUUUCUGUCAAACAUCUCACAAAAUGGAGAAACAUAUGCACUUGUGGAAGGGUGUUGAUGAAUUGUCAUAUACUUUUAGCGACAAACUAAGUGGUAUCAUCUGUAGACUGGUUACUAUUAAAGAUCACAUUUUUGUAGCAACCACUACUAACAAUUUAUAUUAUGGAGAGGUAUCAUUUUUGGAGAAUAGUCCCCCAACAUUGGUUUUCAAAAGGGCUCAAUUUGAUGUGAUCGACAUAGCAUCAAAUUCAGAUUAUUUGUUUAUUGUAGAUAAUAAUGGAUAUGUCUUGAAAGUAAAUCCUCUAAAUAUGAAUGUAGUAGAUACAAUAAUUUUAAAAGAAGAAGUUAAAUAUUGUAGUCAUGGAUAUAAACAAGAAAAUGAAAUUGUUAAAGUAAAAUCCAUAGCUGUUAGUGAUCAAGCAGCAUUAUUUGUAACUGAAAAUGGACAACUUUGGGCUAGUGGGAAUCAAUCACAAAUAGGCAUCAAUAAUACAGAACCUAAAAAAGUUAGAUUUUUUGAAGGCAAAACUGUAUCUGCUGUUGCAUGUGCUUCGAAUUUUAAUGUAAUUGCUGUGAGAAAAACAAUAAAAGGCAUGAAGGACGAUACUGACAGUGAGAAUGAUUUGGAAGAAGUGUUUGUUAAUUCAUGCCCUCAGUGCCUCAACAAUGUGUUAUUGAGCCCUACAAGUUUAACAUCAUCAGAUACUGGCCCUGUUGGACUUCAUGUGCAGCAAUUUAGUGACAACCAUUCAACUAAUUCUAUCAGUGCUUUAUCUAUUGCUAGUAAAGAACAUGAUGCUGUUUCACUUACAGAGAAUAUUAAAAAGGAACAUGUUUCUGAGAUAAUAGAAAAUGGAGAUCUAUGUUCUAAUAAUCCAGUGGAUUCUGAAAAAGAAGAAAAAAAGAAUGUUAUUUUGAUAAAUACAGAAGCGGCAAGACAAUUUUUAACCAGACAAUUAUCUUGGGUUUCAUCUUAUGGAAGUGUUAAAGAAGACAUACCUUUGGAAAAUGUUGAAAAACUAGAUAGGUUAAUCAAACAAAAUGUAUCUAAUGUAGCUAAUUUAGUGUACGAAGGAGUCAAAAAUGUGGGAGGUAAAGUUGUUACAUUAUCUAGGCAUAUGAGUGGAAGUUCAGACAUAAAUGAAUUCAAAGACGAUAGUAGUGAACAUUUAGAAGAAUCAGAAGAAGAAUAUUCUAAACCUACUGCUACUAGUUUGGCACUAAGUUUACGCUGUGAAGAAUUUCCUUGGUCAUCAAGCACUGGUUCCCCAGAACAUGAAUUAUCUCAGCAAGGUUUAAAUGAAAGGAUCAACACAUUAACUCGUACUGGCAGCAAUAUCCUAUCUACUGAACUCUGGUCAUGGGGUGAUAUUCAGUAUGGGCAGUUAGGGACAGGAGAUAUCAUUAAACGCCCUCAACCUAUUUUGGUGGCAAAACUUAGUAAUAUUGGACUCAGAAAAAUUUCAUGUGGUGUAUUUCAUGUACUUGCCUUGACAUUAGAUGGAAGAGUGUUUGCUUGGGGAAGAAAUAAUUAUAAACAAGUCACAUUGGAAUCAAGUGCAUAUCAAAGUGCACCUCAGUUAUUCACUACAAAAAUAUUUUCAAAUGAAAGAGCCAAAGAUAUAGCAGCUGGUAAUUAUCAUAGUUUGGUUAUGAUGCAUCAUGGUUUAUAUUUUAUUGGAAAGUCAAGUAAAACUGCUGAAAUGUACCAACUUGAUAUUGAGACAAGUAAUGAAUAUAGUACACGUCAAAUUUUUAGUUCUGGAGAAUACAGUUGUUGUUCUGUAAUAAAUGAACCUGAAAUAAAUAUUUCUGAAGAUUUAAUAAGUGAUCAAGUCUUCUUACAAGAGAUAUUGAUUGUUUACCAAUACUUAAUUAAGCCAUUUCAAAAAAAGGGAGGUGCUAUACAAGAAUCAAAUGUUUAUGAAACACUAUGUAGAUGUUAUACAGAGUUGUUAAGUUUUAAUGCAUUGAAUGUUAUUAGUUUAUGGGAUUAUUUUAAUCAUAUUGGUGAAGCAUACGAAGUGACAGUAGUUGCUAAUGUCAAGGAGUAUAUUACUGUGUACAGAUAUUACUUAAAUGCACUAUGUGAUGUUAUUUGUUUGAAUGGAUUUACAUAUAUUGCAAAAAUAAUUGAAAUACCACAGGUGUUAGCAAACUUAUUUACCAAUAAAUUAAAAAGUAAUGAAAUUAAAAAAAUUACUGAUGAAAUUAUUAUCACCAUAGCACUACAACAUCCACUAUGUAAAUUGAAUAGGUAUAAAAAUAUGGUUUUAAAUUUAAUAAAAUGUAAUGGUGCAAAAAUGGGUAUAGAACGUUUGCAAGAAGCUUUAAUAAAGUGGGAACAAAUAUGUGAUGAACAAGAAAAGCAACAAAAAGAAGCUGAAACAACUAAAUUAUUUUGGGAAUCUUCUGGUAAACUGGGAGAACUAUUAAGAUCUCCUGGUAGAAGGCUUAUUAGAGAGUCACGAACACAUCCUUUAUCAAUACUUAAUUCUGGAAUAUUUUCUACUCAUUGGUUUGUUUUAUUAACUGAUGUAUUCAUUCAUGUUAUUGGUACUUUUCAUACAGUACAUCCACUUCAGACUCUAUGGGUAGAGCUUUUACCAGAUUCUGAAUCAGUACAAAAUGCUAUAUCAAUAGUAGCUCCAGAAGAUACAUUUGUCUUAUAUACUCCAACACCUUCUGAGCGCAAUGAAUGGCUGUGUGUUUUGCAAAAUGCUAUAAAGUCUAGCUUACAAAGGGUCAUUGGGCAUGUACCUCCAAUAGUACGUUCUAGCUCAUACACUUUCACAAAGCACAGUGUUUUCAAAGAUGCAAAGUAUACUGGUCGAUGGCUAAGUGGUAAACCACAUGGUUCUGGAAAAUUAGAGUGGAAUGAUGGGCGUAAAUAUGUAGGACAAUUUCACAAAGGUGUUAUUCAUGGUAGUGGUAAAAUGGAAUAUCCAUCACAGGGUGUAUAUGAAGGGCAGUGGAAAGAUGGUCAACAGAAUGGAUAUGGAACAAUGAAAUAUAAUAAUGGAGAUUUUUAUGAAGGAUACUUUAAAGAUGGAUUUCCACAUGGUCAUGGUGUUAAAAAGGAGGGUCACUUUAUGGCAUCUGUAGCAUCUAUUUAUAUUGGAGAAUGGGCUGCAGGUGUUAAACAGGGAUAUGGAAUUAUGGAUGACAUCAUGGCAGGUGAAAAAUAUUUAGGAUCAUGGAGUAAUGGUAUGAAACACGGUUGUGGUUUAAUUGUAACACUGGAUGGUAUUUAUUAUGAAGGGGUUUUUAUGCAAGAUGUUUUAACAGGCCAUGGAGUAAUGGUGUUUGAAGAUGGUACUCACUAUGAAGGUGAAUUUAAAUCGGCUGGUAUUUUUUAUGGCAAGGGUACAUUAACAUUUAGAAGUGGUGAUCGAUUAGAAGGCAAUAUGAAUGGUGCUUGGAAUGAAGGUGUAAAGGUUAUUGCAACACUGCACAUGAAUAAAGCUAAUGAAAAAGCACAAACUAAUUCGAAACCGACGUCGUUUGGCAAAUUAUGUGUCUCAGCAGAUCAAAAAUGGAAAGCCAUAUUUAGACAAUGUUAUCAACAACUUGGUGUAUCUGAACCAGGUAUGAAACCUUUGGGUGCAACUGACAAAUCUGUGGAAACACAACGUGCAUGGCAAAAUGUUGCUAGCCUAAUAACUAAGUCACACCAAAAGUCUUUAGAACGAAAAAAACUUUUGACAAAUACUCCCACUAGUAAGGAAAGAAAUAACGAAAUCAUUGACGAGUUAGACAAAAUUCCUUGUUUUGGAAGAAACAAACUCACUGUACAGAGCUACCAUGAAAUUCAUAAAUAUUUAAUUAAAGCAUUUGAGAGCUCACAUCAUCCACUAGGAACACUUUUAACAGAAGUUGCUGCUGUGUACACAGCUACUUAUGGUGGUGUAAGAGUCCAUCCUUUGCUACUUAGCCAUGCUGUAUCCGAACUUCAUAGUAUUACUUCAAGAAUAUAUGAAAUAGUCACUCUAUUAUUUCCGGCGUUACCACGCGGUGGAAAGGAACACGUAUUGGAAACAGAAAAUGAAGAGGAAGCUCAAGUUAUAAGCGCUGCAGCAAUACUUCAUCCAAUAUUAUUACCUCGUGUACAUUCAGCGCUUUUUGUACUAUAUGCUUUACAUAAUAAAAAAGAAGAUGAUGCCUAUUGGGAAAGAUUAAUGAAAUGGAACAAGCAACCUGAUAUAACACUAAUGGCAUUUUUAGGCAUCGAUCAAAAAUUUUGGAAAAACGCAAACGUAAUAAACCUAAACGAAAGUACGUUACCCUAUCCAAGUGAGCCAUAUUUCAGUGAGGCUAUAGAAACAUUACAACAAUUGAAAACCACGUUCUCGCCAUUAGAAAAAUUAUUAGUUGUUAGGAAUACAUUUGAACAAAUGACACAAGCAGUUCAAAAGCAAUUAGGUACUACGUAUUUGUGGACAAUGGAUGAAUUACUUCCUGUUUUUUGUUUUGUUGUUGUACGUGCCAGUGUAUUACAACUGGGUAGUGAAAUACAUUUUAUGGAAGAUUUCAUGGAACCCUACUUACAAAAUGGAGAACUUGGAAUUAUGUUCACCACUCUUAAGGCCUGUUAUUAUCAAAUAUUGCAAGAGAAAAUUAAUGUCGGUGACUGA